AUGCGAACGGAACAAGAGCUCGCCCCGGUAGAUGGAGGGCCAGCUGCGUGGAAACUGCUAUGCGCUGCAUUUGUCUUUGAGACAUUGCUAUGGGGCUUUCCCCUCUCCUUUGGUGUUUUCCAAGAAUACUACUCCAAGGUCCCGGAAUUCGCCAAUAACCGGUAUAUCGGUGUCGUAGGAACCAUAGCUUCUGGAUUUGGGUAUCUAGGAGCUCCAGUCAUCAUGCCUUUCAUCCAGCGGUAUCAGAAAUGGAGGCAGCAUAUGAUUUGGAUUGGCUGGCCGAUAUGCAUUGCCGGCCUUGUCUUGGGAUCUUUUGCGUCAACCCUAGAAGUGCUCAUCCUCACACAAGGUGUCGCUUAUGGUCUUGGGUUCCUCAUAUUCUAUUACCCCAUCCUCAGCAUGGUGAAUGAAUACUGGAUCGCACGUCGUGGCAUGGCCUACGGCGUCCUUUGCGGUGCUUCCGGUGUCUCAGGGUCCAUCAUGCCAUUCAUCCUGCAGGCACUUCUGGCCAAGUACGGAUACAGGACGACGCUCCGUGCCGUGGCUGUCGGUCUCACCUUGCUCACGGGUCCAUUGAUCCCUCUCUUGAAGGGCCGUCUACCGCCCUCUGAGCGAGCCAAUAUUCCUAAGAUUAACUGGGCGUUUUUUCGAAACCCCUUGUUCUGGCUGUACUCGGUAUCAAACCUCUUGCAAGGUUUCGGAUACUUCUUCCCGUCUCUAUAUUUACCCUCUUAUGCAUCGUCGCUCAGACUUGGGGACAAGAGUGGUGCUAUCCUCCUUGCGCUGAUGAGCGUUUUCCAAGUCGGUGGCCAGUUUGUCUUUGGUUCACUUUCUGAUCGCAAAGUACCACUCAACGUGCUUGCAUGCGCGUCAACCAUCGUCGCAGCAGCUGCCUGCCUCACAAUGUGGAGGCUAGCCACCUCACUCCCCGUCUUGAUCAUCUUUGCCAUUGUGUAUGGCUUCUUCGGCGCAGGAUUUACUGCCAUCUGGGCGAGGAUGAGCACUGCCAUAACGGACGAUGUGACGGCAGGUCCGAUUGUCUUCAGCUUGCUGAACUUUGGUAAGGGCAUUGGCAACGUGCUUGCUGGCCCGAUUGGGGGCUCUUUGGUAGCAAGUUCGAGGUCAAGCGGCACUUCAGCACCAAUGUCUUAUCACUGGGUUAUCGUCUUUACUGGUGUUUGCAUGUUUGCGAGUGCUUGUACGAUUUGUUUACGGUAUCUGAAGGGUCUUGGCAUUUUGGUUGUCCGAUGA